AUUAAAAAUUAAUGGAAAACAAGAGUUACAAACUCAAGGCAGAGCGAGGCUCUGCUAGUCAGGUCUACCUCGCUACGUUUCCCACUCCUCCAAGCAACAUCGAUUCACUUCAGUUUGAUAUCUAUGGCAAACCAGUUUCUGAAAAUGAUGAUACCAUCAACAGAAUUGCCACAAAAAAACGUCGUUUGGCUGUUGCUGAAACCGCAAUAAUGGAGUACGUUGGUGAACCGUCUACAGUCAAUUGCAACUACAUUGUCGGCAUUUUGGACAAGGCUUCGGGUGUCAUGUCAUUGCAUGAUGCUAGUCCGUUGACCAUGACAUCGAUCGUCAAGUCACAAAAGCAGAUUUCUUCAAAACUAAUUGGUGAAAAAAAUACUGCUGCACGGAAUAAGCUUGGUCAGACAUUUGGUAGCAAAAAACGUAAAAAGAACAUUCAAGACCUUGAGCUAAACAAGGUGGAUGUCACUGGACUUGAAAAUGUGGCCUCGGCAAUUACAAAUAAGAUUCAAGAAACUUCAAAAGUUCUUCCAUCUCGGGAAAUGAUCACUUCCACUAUGUUUGCCGAUAGAAAUAUUCCUCCCUGCCACAUGGACGCUGAAACGCCUGACAAGGUUUACAGGCUCGAGGAUCUUGCUCCUACCCAAAUCAUGAAUACUAUAGACAUCAAACUAGUAUGGAAGGCUCGUUUAGAGGAAGAGAUUGUCAAACAGGUUCAAGGCUACAAAAUGACUAGCUGGAUCUUAAAAUGUUUGAUUACUACAGUACAGGAGCAAAAACAUAAAAGUCAUGCUAAGCUGCUUGUUUUCGUGUCCAUGCUUAUGAAGCUCUACUGUGCCAAGCCUUUUGAACUUAGUAAAGGCGUUUUGAAAUUAACGAAUGGAAAUCAAAUUGUUGCUGACCAUGUCACAUCCAUCUUUACUGAAUGGCAAGAAGAUGAGGCUGGAAAUAAAAGAUUGUGCAUUUCGAAUAUGCUCAAAGACAAGUUGCUUGCAUAUAUCUUGGCAAUCACACUACACAUUAACAACUUUACCGUCAAUAUUGACAAGUUUUCGUCUGAUCUGCUUAUUAGUCCACUCAAGGCUACAACGAUUGCAAAAGAAAUGGGAUGCCAAAUUAAAGCUAUACGGCCUGUUGACAGUGUUAGACUUACAGUGAAACACGCUGUUUUGGUACUGCCUUUGUCAUUCCAUACACGUCGGCGAUAAGCGUAAUUUCUGCUACAGAGCAUGACUUACUUUGUAGCAGAUGCAGAGUUUUGAAGAUACAAGACAGUACAUUCAUGAAAUAGUGAUGCUUAAAUAAACGAGUUUCUUAUUC